AUGGCUAGUCACUAUCCAAACAACAUAUUUCUGUCCGUCUCUCCUGGCAAAGAAACCGAAGUUCAUGUCCUGGUUGCAUUAUACUCCUCUGUUGGUGAAGAGGGCAUGUCACUUGCUAUCCUGGGGGAUAUCUGGCUAGAAACCCAAGAUGUGGAUCUCUCCUUCCUGGUCCUGGAUGACGACUUGAACGAAUCACGCAACUAUCACGCGCUGUACCGAAGCUCACGGACUAUCAAGUCGUUCCUGAUUGGUAAGUCUUGCGCCGCGGUCACGCUCCUGGGGGAAGGGCUGGAAGAGCCUCUCCACGUCUUAGACAUCUUCCUCACACGUUUUAAAACUGCUGGUGACAUCACCAAUGACGGCGAUCGUAAAGUCAGGGCACCCAAGAUCACCCGUUCCUUGAACACAGCUCGAACAUGUCGCAUGCUCUCCUUGGAUGUAGGAAGGGAGGAAGGGUCCAUCUUGUAUAACAAUGAAAUGACUGACUUCAUUGCUCUUGAUGCGGGAAUCUCGAGAAUAAAGUCGGAAUUCCCACAGUGUUGGUGUGGUCUGAUCAAUUUCCUUUACCAGAUCUUCAAGGGUGGAAGUGUGAUGGCUAGGGAACUGGACAACGCCAGUUGUGCCUAUGACGAUCAGAACGAUGGUGAUCUUCAUUCCGCACAACCGUUCUACUUCCACUUUCAGUUCAGAGUAUUUCUCCAGUUUCCCCCUGGUCUUCUCUUGGAGGUUAUCAGUUGCGAUGCUCACAUCUACAAGGAGGGUGGUCUUCUUCUCCUUCUUAUAAAUCAUGAGACUACCUUGGUGGAGGAGUUCUCCACUACAGACUCUGGCUGGUGUUCGUACCACUUCUCUGGGACAUCCAGGCCGGCUUACUUGCAGACACACCAGUGCACAUAUUUGGACACCUGGUCGUGCCUGUGCAAGUACUCCCUCGGGGCUAAUUCAGGGCAGGCACUAAGGAGGAUGGCAGGUGUCUUGUUUGAGGACAUUUUUGAUGUGAAGGAUAUUGACCCCGAGGGGAAGAAGUUUGACAGAGAUAUUACAUUGAUUCUGUGGCCUAUCUAA